AUGAACAACCUGAAGGUUCUACUCAAUGCGGCCUGUAAAGCGGCUGCGGCGAUUCCUUCGGCGACACCAGGCCUACCCACUGCGGCCUGUCAAGAGACUGCAGUGAUUCCUGAUUCAUCAAUUGAUAAUCUGUUCAUUGAUGAGGAAAUUCAACCUGAGUGUCCAUUAUUUCUUAAUACACUGAACUUCUCAGAAUCCACAGUUGAAUCUGAUGACUCUUCAACAUCUACAAGGAAUAUCACUACAGUGAGAGAAGCUUCAGUGAGAAACAGUCUUGAAGACCUACUCAUCGAUUCUGAGAUCACUGCACUUCUGAUCCUGAAAACCUCACACACACCAAAGCUUUCAUAG